CGUAGAAUGAGCUCGAGUUUCGACUGGUGACUUUUAUAUGCAUAGCUCUAGGUCUUCGCCUAGCGUUCUUGCAGUAAAUGCUACUUGCCAUCAGCAACCGCCAUCCCAGUAGGCCUGAACUGUGACCUGCUACGCCUGCUUCUCUAGCACGGUAUCUUUUGGAGUGCUCAUCGGAAACCAUAACAUAAUUCUCGCAUCUGGACGACUGCUUUGAACAAUAGAUGAUGACGACGUGCUUCGCGAACGGGCAAGGAUGGCGUCUCGCAAGUUGUUAUUUGGAAGACGCGGGACGGAUACGGCUGGAGCCUCAACCAAGCUAACUACCGAAUAGUGUGGCGCGGUCGAAGAUUUCUGUAUUCGGCACGUAGCGGAUCGUGGUCGUAACGACUUAAGUACGCUGGAAGGUACCGUGACGCAGAAGGCAAACUCGCUAUAAUUCAAGCAGAGGGCCUCGAGAGCGAUAAGGAAUCCGAUGACGCUGUCGCCUGAUUUACAGAAGCGAUCGCGCACCUGCUAGACUCCUCGCUCAUGGUGCCCAUUGACACCCGCAAUGGGGGGAUGGCGUAAAGUGCCUGGUAUAUUUCAACAUGACCAUGGACGAGUGUCUCACCGUAAUGACCUGCGCCAAUGGCGUAUCCCGUUGCCUACGGGACUAGCAGGCGCGCAGAGGCAUUAGACUGGACUAUGAAAGUCGAUAUCUUGUAUAACAAUGCUCAGUACAGACAUCGACCGAUCUAUGACUGGGAAGUAUACCAGCCGCGCCCGCCUGCGCUCGAGUUUCAUCGCCAGCGGCUGCUCACACUCCUCACCGCCUUUGAGAUUUUCUUGAAGCUCAACAGCACCGGAGCAGCUGCCUACGCCCGCAACACAACCUCGGAAACAACCUGAUCCGGAGUCUCCCAUGUAUGUUAUUCAUCAGGAAGUCCUUUCAGAGUUAAUAGGGAGAUCCUUCUCUGCAAGUGCGCGGAUCAUGGCAGCAGCUGAAGGUCGCCGUCCACUGGCACUCGCGGAUUGCUUCUCGGAUGGCCCAUGCUUGCUUCCUCUACAAGAGCAUAAUGUACGUCUGUGGUGGGCAACGCUCGGGCACAUUCGAGCUUUGCGGAAACGUCUGGUGUCCAGACCUCCCCCGCACGGGUGCAAAGCCUACCUCUUCACCGGCACCUCCGCCGUCGACUACUUCGACCUCGAGCGGGAGCACUGGGGCCACCAAGCAGCUCUCGAACUAUACCGCGGGCAUCGCCAAGGGCAAUCCUUACGUCUUCGGAGGCAAAUUCAAGCGCGCGAUUGGGUGCAACCUCUUCGCGGCGCUUAACAUCGCGAAGAAGACGUGGACUCAGUGGAGCGAGACGACGGACACGGAAGCGCUCCCGGCCCAGUACGACGUGCCGGACCCGAGGAAGCAGCAUGCGAUAUCAACAACAGGCGGCAGAGCUGUUCAGAACGGAGUUCGCAUCAUCCGAGGGCUUCGCGCGUAUGAUGACUGUUGGUCUUGGGACAUCGCCAAGAGGGAAUCGCACCGCGAGCGCGUCUCGGGCAACUUCCCAUGCCCACACGCGGAGAUGUCCGUCUUCUACUACCCUAACGUUAACUCUACCAUUAUGUUCGGAGGUCACAAUCCCGCACUGCCGUACUACUCCUCUUCCACUCCGCGCUUUCGGCAUGUCCUCACUCCCAGCUUCCCGACGUACCGCGCACUAGGGUAACUCCUCACCGAUCCUGCGGCGGGCAAAAUGUUACUCUUUGGGGGCUACACGAACACUGACUGGGUCCCCGCGGGCAAGCACGAGGUGACGCGGAGCUACGUGGACAUCUGGCAGCUCGUAGUCGAUGUUCCGGGCAGGCUCUAUGAGGUGUUGACUGGGAGGACGAGAAGCUAAGCGCACAGCUGGGCCCGUGGCAGGUGUACUACAUGUGCAACACGGUGGGAAUGC